AUGCCACUUCCAACCGGUGUUUAUCGCGCCGACCAGGUCGGAUCCCUCCUUCGGCCGAAGGAAAUCCUCGAGGCACGUGAGAAAGUCGCGGCGGGAGCACUGACAAAGACAGACUUGCGGCAGCUCGAGGACAAGUACAUCGCCGACGUAGUGCGCAAACAGCUCAAUGCCGGCCUCCGCGCCAUCACCGACGGCGAGUUCCGUCGUGCCUUCUUCCACCUGGACUUCCUCCAGCAUCUGGACGGCAUCGAGGUACGUGGGAACAUGAUGUCGACCAACACUUCUAAGGGUGGGUUUGCACCGCCGAAGCUGGUCGUGACGGGCAAGCUCGGCCACAGCAAGCCCAUCCAGGUGGACGACUUCAAGUUCCUGGAGCGCCAGAUCGCCGAGGCCGGCGGCGAGAGCGCCUUUGGCAAGGUCUCGUCGAAAGUUGCCAUUCCCAGUCCGACCAUGGUGCACUUCCGCGGCGGACGCGAGACGAUUGACCUCGACGCGUACCCGUCCAUGGACAGUUUCUUCGACGACCUGGCGCGGGUGUACCAGGAGGAACUGCAGGAUCUGUACGACGCGGGGUGCCGCUUCGUGCAGCUGGACGACACAAAUCUCGCCUACCUGUGCGACCCCAAGAUGCGGUCCGAGGCCGAGACGCGGCACGGCGCCGACGCCAAGCAGCUCGCCAGCCAGUACGCCACGCUGAUCAAUCGGGCGAUCGAGAAGCGGCCGCGCGACAUGACCAUCGGCAUCCACCUCGAGGUGCUCUUCAAGGACCUGAACGUCGACGUCUACUUCCUGGAGUACGACGACGCCCGCUCCGGCGACUUCAGCCCCUUGCGCCACCUGCCGCCCCACAAAGUCGUCGUGCUCGGGGUGAUGACCAGCAAGAAGGGUGCCCUCGACGACAAGGACGCCAUGGUCCAGCGCCUUCGCGAGGCCGCCAAGUACUGCCCGAAAGGUCUCGACCAGCUCUGCCUCAGCCACCAGUGCGGCUUCAGCAGCACCAUGGAGGGCAACGAGUUGAGCGAGGACCAGCAGUGGGCCAAGAUCCGCCUCGAGGUCGACAUUGCCAAGACCGUCUGGGGACCCAAUACCGCUGAGUGA